CGGGGCCGUACCGCAGUUGUCGCGGGAAAUGUUGAGCAACACAGCAAUAGGAUAGUCGGCAGGACUCAUCAGAAUCACAAUUCGCAUCACACACUUUGCCAUAGCAACAAAGGAUGAAACUACAAGACUUUGUAAGUGCUGAUAUCGACACCGUCGAGUUGUUAUGCAAACAGGGCCACUACGAUUGGAUCAUCAUAGGCAGUGGUAUAGGCGGCGGUAUCCUUGCCCAGGAACUCGUGAAACUACAGCUCAAGGAGUCGAAACCCCAAACACGCAAGAACAUACUUGUUCUCGAAAAAGGUGCACUGGACUUUUCCACGCAUUGUCUGAACACCUCCAGUAGGAAAUGGCAUCGUGGAAGUAGGCUAGGGCCUUCGCAAAACAACCAUAUUGCGUACAAGGCUUUCAAGACUAACCACGGUACCACGGCUUAGGACCCUUACAUCGGGGGGCCGGUGCAUUGACUGGGGCUUGUAUUGCCCUCAGAUUGACGAGAAAACAUUGACGGAAUAUUUCCCGAAGUCUAUCACAGAAUAUCGUACAGGCACGGAGCCGGAGAAUUGUGGUUAUGACAAAGCUCUGAAGCUUUUGACCAAAAAUUCUCAGGAUACGAAUACGGUCUAUCCGUUCAAUUUUGAUAACCACAUCUCAAGCUCCGAUGUUCAAUAUCCCGCUCCUGUGAAGUUUCGUUUGAACCAAGCAGAAGCGGGAAACAUUGCUCAGCAGGUAAGAGCCAGACUCGCGUGGGACAUAUCACGAUCAAUAAAGGUUGAUCUCGAACCUACAGUUCCACAUGGGUUAUGUGGCGGCUGAUUUCAACUCUCUGUCCCGGCUUUAUCAAAUACCGCAC